AUGAGAAACAGCAGCGAAGUGACGGAGUUCAUUCUGACGGGAUUGUCCCAUCAGCGUGGCGUCCAGCUCUUCCUCUUUGCCCUCUUCCUCACUUUCUACUUGAUUGUCCUCCCCAGCAACAUCCUAAUCAUUGUCACCAUCCGGGGUGACCCUCAUCUCAACUCACCCAUGUACUUCCUGUUGGCCAACCUCGCUUUCUUGGACCUCUGGUAUUCCUCCAUCACCGCUCCCAAGAUGUUGGUUGACUUCUUUGCCGAGCGCAAGAUCAUUUCCUUCUGGGGGUGCAUCGCUCAGCUCUUCUUCCUUCAUUUUGUGGGUGCCUCUGAGAUGUUCCUGCUCACUGUCAUGGCCUACGACCGCUAUGCCGCCAUAUGCCGGCCCCUGCACUAUACCAACAUGAUGAGCCGGCGUUUGUGCAUCGUCCUGGUGCUAUGUUCUUGGUUGGGGGGCUUUGUUCACUCCACCAUCCAGGUUGUGCUGAUCAUCCGCCUCCCGUUCUGUGGGCCCAAUGAGCUGGACAACUACUUCUGCGACAUCACCCAAGUGUUGAGGAUCACCUGUGCCAACACCUUUGCUGAGGAGAUGGUGAUGAUCUUCAGCAGUGGCCUCAUUUCCGUGGUCUGCUUCGUAGCCCUCUUGGUUUCUUAUGCCUUUUUACUCUCUGUGCUGAAGAAGAACUCCGGCGAAUCAGCCAGCAAGGCCCUCUCCACUUGCUAUUCUCACAUUACCAUCGUCAUUUUCAUGUUUGGCCCCGCCAUCUACAUCUACGCCCGGCCCUUUGAUGAAUAUGCCCCUGACAAGAUUGUCUCCGUCUUCCACACAAUCAUCUUUCCUCUCCUGAACCCCAUCAUCUACACCCUCAGGAACAAGGAGAUCACGACUGCCAUGAAGAAGGUGGUCCGUAGAUACUUCCUCUGCAAGAAGAACUGA